AUGUACGUGGAAUGUACGAAUGCGCUCCCCCCAAGCACUGUGAAGAUUGCGCCGGUGAAGUCUGCCUCAGGUGACAUCAUCACGGAUGGUGGAAAGCAGAUGGAGAGAUGGGCAGAGCAGUACCAACAGCUGUACUCCUGGGAAAGCAUCGUUACCAUAGCAGCUGAGAGCAUCAACCUCCUACCAGUAAUGGACGAACUUUAUGACCCACCCUCCCUCGAGAAGCUCAGCAAAGCCAUCGACACCCUUGUCAAUGGCAAGGCCCCAGAUAGUCAUGGCAUCCCACCUGAAGUCAUCACUACUGCUUCAGUGCUGGGUGGAAGGGUCGUUGGACCUCGGGACAUGCGAGACGCCAAUAUCACAACGCUGUAUAAGAAGAAGAGAGAAAGCAGUGACUGUAACAACUACCGCGGUAUCUCCCUGCUCAGCAUCGUCGGCAAGGUCUUCGCAUCUUCUAAAGAUGAUAGUUUGAUGAGAGACUCUGUCAGGUACGACGGCUCAUCUUCAGAAAGAAGACUAACAUAA